UUGAAAGUACGCCAUAAAUAUGGCGCCAAAAUAGUUUUCAAGCAGAUGAUAAGAUCGGAUUUUUUCCUGACUUCCUCUCUGUGUUGUUGUCGAUCUUUUGAUUAUUUUAAAAAUCUUUUCUCUGCUGUUUGCAGCUCCAGACUCGCCUGUGCACAUAUUUUUUUGCAGCGCGGUGUUGCAGGAAUUCACCGGCCGGAGGAGCGACUGGAGACGAGCUCAGAUCUGGGUUUUAUUUCUCAACCAGCACCGUUGCGUUACUGGCGUGCGAUGUUUUUCUGACUCAUCCUGUGGAAAUAUAUCCCCGUUUUUUAUUUUUUUGGUUCAGCCACCCUCCUUCCUCUGCUUCCCCAGCCUCCUUCUCCUCCUCCUGCUGGCUCCGAAGGAGGAAAACAGCCGGAUUGGGACUCCUCCACGUUUCGGCUGCUAUUUUUAUUUUGAAUUUUUUAUUUUUAAUUUUGCAAAAUGCGACAUGCUUUCCAUGUUGCGCGCAUCUCGGAGCCUGGCACGCCGGCGGUAGCGCUGCGUUUGGUUUCGUACUGACUGCUCGCCACUUUUCUCUCCGGGUUUCAGGAGUGGGAUUUUACAGAUUUUGGAUUCGGACUCCUGUCUUUGACGCGCUGUCAACACGCAGUGCAAAGGGGAGGGGAGGCCGGGAGAAGAGGGACAGUCCUGUCACCCUGCGUGGUUUAAGUGUCCGGUGUGUGUGUGCGUGUGUGUGUGUGUGUGUGUGUAUGGGGGGAUGUUUAGCAGCACCAACCCUCUGCUGGUAAACUACAUGUGCCUGCUCCAGAUGAUCUUCUUAAUCUGAUCUAAUCCAGGACUAAGGACGUCUGUGAAUCCAAAGCUGACUCCUACCAAGAUGGAGAGCGAGAAGAAGAGGAGGAAAUACUCCACAAGCAGCAACGACUCCGACACCACUGACAGUCAGGUGACGUCGUGGUCCAGGUCGUCUAAGAACAUCGGCACCAGCAGCACCUGGGUCCGCCUCCCGCACAAGAAACCGUCUGAGGUGUUUCGGACAGACUUCAUCACGGCCAUGAAGCUGCCGGACUCGGCCCAGCUCGGCCCAGAUGACUUCUAUGUUCUGUCUGACCCGUGGAGACAGGAGUGGGAGAAGGGGGUUCAGGUCCCAGCCAACCUGGAGGCCAUCCCAGAACCCGUGGUCAGGUCACAGCUGGAGUCAAUGGGCAGCGUGUCGGCCGACGGCCGGACCAAGGAGGGAGACGCUCAGCCUCCUCGCUGGCAGCAACACGGCUGCUACGACCUGGACGACCUGGACGUCACCUGGCUGCAGCUGGUCAACCAGGAGUUCAGGCAGAUGGCCUUGCCGGAGCUGGGCGAGCUGACGAUGGAGUGCGUUCUGGUGGAGCUGGAGCGCGUCUGCGAGGAAAAGAUGCAGCAGGCCAUCGAGACGGAGGAAGGCCUGGGCAUCGAGUACGACGAGGACGUGGUGUGUGACGUGUGCCGCUCGCCGGAGGGAGAAGACGGAAACGAGAUGGUCUUCUGUGACAAGUGCAAUGUCUGCGUCCAUCAGGCGUGUUACGGCAUCCUGAAGGUGCCUCAGGGUAACUGGCUGUGUCGGACCUGCGCUCUGGGGGUCCAGCCCAAAUGUCUGCUCUGCCCCAAGAGAGGCGGCGCCCUGAAGCCGACGCGCAGUGGAACCAAGUGGGUCCACGUCAGCUGUGCCUUAUGGAUCCCUGAGGUGAGUAUCGGCUGCCCAGAGAAGAUGGAGCCCAUCACCAAGGUGUCCCACAUCCCCGCCAGCCGCUGGGCUCUGUCCUGCAGCCUGUGUCGAGAACACACAGGAACCUGCAUCCAGUGCUCCACGCCCUCCUGCAUCGUGGCCUUCCAUGUGACGUGCGCCUUCGACCACGGCCUGGAGAUGAAGACCAUCCUGGCCGAAAACGACGAGGUUCGCUUCAAGUCCUUCUGCCGGGAUCACAGCUCCGCCGCCAACAACGCCAACGGGAACCACGCCGUCUCUUCCGCCGCCAACGGCGUCAACGGAGCGGCCAGGUCCGAGCAGCGCCACGAGCCCGACGGCUCCGGCGACCCGGAGCAGAGCCGGGCGUCCCACCCGGUGUCGGCGUCGGAGCGGGCCGAGCGGGACCAGCUGGAGAGAGAGAAGGUGAGCCAGAGGAAGCAGAAGCUCCAGGAGCUGGAGGACGAGUUUUACAGACUGGUGGAGCCGAGCGACGUCGCCGAACACCUGGGGCUGCCGCUGCUGCAGGUGGAUUUCUUAUAUCAGUUCUGGAAGCUAAAGCGGAAGGCCAACUUCAAUCAGCCUCUGGUGGCGCUAAAGAGAGACGAGGUGGACAACCUGGCCCAGCAGGAGCAGGACGUCCUCUACAGGAGGCUCAAACUCUUCACACACCUCCGCCAGGACCUGGAGAGGGUGCGUAACCUGUGCUACAUGGUGACCCGGCGCGAGAAGAUGAAGCUGACGCUCUGCGACCUGCAGGAGAAAAUCUUCCACCUGCAGAUCCAGCUGCUGGAGGAGGAAACGGCUGCAGAGAAAACCCAGAAGGCAGAAAAGAGGAAGCAGAAUGGAGUGAAGGAUAAAAGGAAAGAGAGAAGGAAGCAUGGCACCGGCAAGAAAAAGGAGAGGUGGAAGUCUGACAACGGCUCCCUGCUUAAAGAGCUAGGUUUGUCCAAGUCGUUUCCGUUAGAAAGCUCUCUGUUCGACAGCUGGCUGGCCAAGUCGGUCCAGAUCACCGCGGACGACAUGCUGAGCCAGUGGGCUCUGGACGGCCAGCACAACCACAAGGGCAGCAGCCUGCUGUCCGACCAGCUGAUGCAGGGCGAGGAAAGCCUCCUGAACCUCAUGAUGGAGAACUCUAUGCAGUCGGCGUGGAAAACGCCUCAGCUGGGCCGGAAACCCAGAGGAAGCAGCAAGCCUCGUUCUCGAAGACCGAGCGGCGCCGGCGCCCAAAGGGUGUUCGGGUCAGCCGCGUCCAGCAGCCCGUCCACAGCCAAGGGCUUCUGGGAAAAAUCCAGCCACGCUGGCCGCCGAGGGGAGAAGCCCAGAAGCUCAUCCAAGGCGGGUCACCACCACCAGACCAGGAGCUGCGACCCGAACGGCGACCCGCCGCCGCAGCCGCCCAUCUCCAAGAUGGAUUCCUGCCACAUCUCGGAGGAGCGCGGCCGCUGGGACAGCGUCCACAUGGCAACCGGUUUGAUGGCGAGCGCUUCCCCUUCACCGGCCUCCAGUCCGGGAGCCGCAGUGCCUGACGCCGGGGCCGUCCUGCGGGGGUCGCGGCCCCGCCCGGCCCGGCAGGGUAAAGCGAGGUCAAGGGUUGGGGGACUGGACUCCAUGGACCUGCCGCUCACAGGGAAAGGCGCAUCGCUGCUGGACGCCGCCGCCGAGACUGAUGGGUACUUCUCCGAUGGAGAGAGCGAUUUGGAAACACGGUCCGGCGGACGAAAGCUUCGGCUGCCACAGCUGCAUCCUGCCAACGAGGAUCUACUGAGGAGGAGCGUCCUGGCGUCCUAAACAAAGUCAAACCAAAUCGGUGGUACGGAGCAGCAUCCCAGCUCUGACUCUGCCUGGUUUUCUGAAUGUAGCUGUAUGCCGACCGUACAGUAAAGCUUCUCCACUGGACCGCAGUUCGCUCCUCAUACUAUAGGAAAGUAAACAUUCGUCUUUUGUAUAUUUCUAACUCAUCUGGUUGUGGCCUGGUGUCUGCGGUUUGCUUCAGACUUGGGAACAAACACUUUGGGGCAUUAUUAUUCUUCUUACUCAUGCAGGUUCCAGGGUAUGCUUUAAGGUCCGAGCUGCAUCCAACGAGUUUUCCUCAAAAUAUUUAGAUUUCUUAGCAGAACUGGCAUGAAUAUGUGCAGAGGGCAGCACAGGACAGCAUCUACUCAGCCUUGAAAAGCACAAUAACUAGUCAGUCAUGGAAGCACUUGAGAGUAAAACAAAAGCUCAUUCAGAGCCCGGGUCGAUUUCAGACGCUGAUUUUCUCAUUUUUCAUCCCUUAAAAGCAGAAAUAUUACAGACUAAAGAUUGACCCCAACCCCGCCGCUGUGUCAGACACAAACUCACAUAUACACUCAUCGUAGUAUGGUAUAAAUCAGGGGUGUCCAAAGUGCGGCCUGUGGGCCAUUUGUGGCCCUUGGAUUAAUUUUGUGUGGCCCCAGCUGCAAUAUUUUCUGCUUGGGGAUUUUGGCCCCUUGGUGCCAAAAGUUUGGACACCCUUGGUAUAAAUACUUAAUCCAAUCUUUCUCCAUUGCUGCCAAAUUCUUCCUAAAUCAAUUCUACCCCCUAAAUCUUUACAAAAAUAUCAGUAGAGAAACGUUGUGCCUUGCGUCACUUCCUGUGACCUCCCACAAAACAAUCAGUGAGUGAAUCAAUCAGCCUCUCAAUCCAAAUUUGUAACAAUCAAAGCGAAAUAAAAUCCCAACAGAUUGGUUGCCAUGUAGCCACAGGGUGUCUUCACCAUAAUGAUUGAAUAGUGCCUAAAAAACAACAAAAAAAACAAACAAACAUGCAGCGUUUGCCAUUUUUGUAACCAAUGCAUCUGCAGCACUUUGCAAAGCAGAGCCACAGAGAUGCCUACUGUUACGAGCCGCCCCUGAACGCAUCACGGCAGCAGAGAGCCUUAAAAACAAGAGCUUGGCCAAGUUACACCAUGUUCCAGCUUUCAGCAGCCCUGCAAGAUAUUUGUUGCUCAUGUUUGAUCUGCUGGGAUAAAAACAGCUUUUCUCCUUCAGGUCUGAGCCCAUUUCAGUCUGGUGGCUUUAUAAUUCAAAAACCACCAAAGAAAAUCUACAUUUUAUUGUGAAUUUAUGAAUCAAAGUUUAUUCGACUUGAGACGUCAGUAGAAUCACAGAAUAUCAUUUCUGCAGCGCCCUUGAAAAGCAGCUCAAUCUACUGAUUUAUAUUUAUAUUCAGUCUUCCUGGUGUAAGCACUUAUUUCAGUUCUCUGUGUUUAUGUGAGAAAAAGUUUGUAGUAAUGUUAUAAAACAAAGGAAAUACUCAAGAAGCUAAAAACAAAGCCCUCACCCAAACUUUGAGAUUUUCAAAAGACUAGAAAUAUAUUUAAAAUCUAGCUUAAAAUACUAAAACAAUCAAACUUUGUUACAUAGUGAAGCCCAAUGGAAAUCAAAACCAACUGGGAAGAGAUAAAUCUAUUACUACUGCAGACCACCUCCAAAAAUACCUAAAGCUACAGAUUUUACUGGUUUAAACAUUAAAUCUACCUUAAUAUUUACAGCAGAAACAUUUAAUAUCUACAUUCAUCCUUAUUUCCAUUCAACAACCAAUCAGCACCAAGGAAGUUGAGUUGUGCGCCUGGAUUGGUUGCUUUAUAAACAUCAGUCGAUAACGUGUCACAAUUAUUUUUUAUGCUUUAUUAAAACUAUUUUUCAAACAUUUCACUGAUUCAGAAGAUAAAUUACUCGAGAUCCCAAACUUUUCAUUGAGUUUUCUGCAAAUUAUCUGCAGGAACUUCACUGAUGUGUAGAGAAUAAAACAAUGUUUAAGCUUCCUAAGCUACGUUUUAAAAAUGAGGAGCAAAGCUACUUCCCACGUUAUUGGCUGGUGUUUACAAAGCAUCCAAUCAGGAACACUGUGCAUGUUCAUUGGUGCUGAAGAUGUUAGCUUCCACUGCGCGUAUAUCUGGUUUUGAACCAUUAAAAUCUUCAUUAUUGGAGGAACUGUCCAGGAUUUUAGCUAAGUGUUGUGGUUCAAGUCAAUUCCAACUGAUUUAAGUCGUUGUAGAUGAAAAAUAUCAGAAUAAAUUGGUUAGUUCAGGUCAUUAUGUGUGUCUAUGCAGUUUGCCAUGUUUUUUUGGAGGUUUUUUUUAGCGGAUUGUGACACCAUCAUGGCGUUGUGAUCAAACCAGACUUGACCAAGCUCCUGUAGCAAACGGCUCUACUGCAAAAACCGUAAACUAUCACAGAUAAAGCAUGAAUCAGCGCCCCGGACUCCUGAGUUCCCAAACCGAGCUGCGCCUCGUUUUACUGCAGAGUCACACAUCUUACCCUACAGAGUCGUAUUUUCUACUCAAGAAGCUGUUUGCGGUAUUCUCAGGGGUUAAAGAAGAACUUUUAAAAAGAAUUAAUACAAGAUUUAAAAAUAAAAAAAAACAUGUAUGUAAAAUUAUAUAUAAUA